GAUAUAACGUUUCUUGAUGCCACACUAAACAGGUUUCCUCCCUCUUCCUGAUAUCUAUGCGCUUAUCAAAAAUUAUUUCUAAAAUCGAAUCGUCCCUCUGCCGCUCUACGCCUACUAUGCCGCAAUCGAUGAUGGAAGACUUUGUAUUCACAAGGUUACAAAGGUCGAACACUUUAAGGUUGUCUUCCUCAACGUUCAACUAAUCCAUCCUAUCGUUCAGAAAGUUUUCUUGUCUUCUUGAAUCUUAGAUAGUAAGAAACAUCCACAUCUCAGUUUCUAUUCGGUAAACUCAAAUUCGAUUCUCUCCCUCUCUCAUUAUCUGAUUUUUGCUUGUUUUAGUUUGUAAAAAUCACAGUUUUUUUUUUUUUUUUUUUUUUUUUUUUUUUUUUUUUUUUUUUUAACUCUUGGAAUCUGGUUUUUUCUGAUUUUUGUUAGAACUCAGAAUUUAGAUUUCGGUUUGGAAUCUGAUUUCCUUUUGAAAUGACUAUCUGUUUUCUGAUUUUUCUUGGAACUUAGAAAUCUGAUUUCUGUUUUUAAAGUUUUAAAGGUUUUUGUUUUGGAAUCUGGUUGUUGUUUUGAAUUUUGAUUUUUUUUUUUCAUUCGUUAGUGACUAUUUGCAUUUCUGAUAUAGAGAAAUAUAAUUUAGUACAACAAGAAUUUUGGGAACGAGCAUCAUAAGUCUUACCAUAUUCAACCUUUUCAAUUUCAAUUUAUAUAGUAUUUUCUUGUAACUUUUUUUAUUUUAUUUUAUUUUUUUUUUUUUACUUUUUUUUUUCAUCACAAUUUAAGUAAUUCAUUGAAUCAACAUUAUCCUAAGUCCAAGGAAUAGGCUCUUCCCUAACCUUUUGUUUUGCAAUCCUCUUCAUUGCAUUGAAAAUUUUGAAACAAUUACAAAUAAAUAACUCGUGAACUGAUUGGAAUUUUUUUUAAUUAAAUAUAGUAUUAAAUUGAUGAAGAACUCUUACAUUUUGUUAUUGAUGCCUUUAGAAUUCGAUUGAGAAACGUGAUCUUUUGAGUUUGUCAGCCUUGAGAUGGAAUAAGAUAUUGUUUGCUCUGAUUAUUUUAUUUGCUUAAACGUACAUCUUUAUCAUUGCUUAUUUUGUUGACAGAGUUGACAUUAUCCACUAAUACUUUUGGGGUUUUGCGGAUUGGUUUCGUUGAUUGGGGGUUUUUGUGGAUUGGUUACUUACUGUUCCUCAACUUGACAAAAUCAAGAUCAUAAAACCAAUCAGGGAUUUGAGGUUUUUUUAGAGUUAUCAAGAAUCUUAAGAAUGUUUGAAUUGGGGGGUUGAAGGUAAAAGUAAAGAUCAUCAAACCAGUCCACAAAAAACCCUAAUCCACAAAAUCAAUCACUAAAACCCCCCUAAUUCAAAAGCAUCUAUAGUGAAUGUGUCAACAAAAAGUAAACAGAUAAAGAUGUAUGCUCAAGCAAAAAAUCAGGGUCAACAAUAUCUUAUUCCACCGCCAAUAAAAUCAGAAGAUCACAAUUUCAAAAUCUAAUUCUAAAGGCUUCAGUGGCAAGGGUUCUUCAUCAAUUUAAUAUUAUGUUUAAUUACAAAAAUAUCAAAUAGUUCACGAGUUAUUUAUUUGUUUCAAAAGCUUCGGUGAUACAUUAAAGAAGAUUUUGAAACAAAAAGCUAGGGAAGAGCGUAUUUCUUCGAUUUCAGAUAAUGUUGAUUCUAUGCAUUACUUAACGUGUGAUGAAAAAGAAGAAAGAGGUUGGAAGGAAAUAAUGAUAAGUUGAAAAUCUAUCCGUAGAGUUAUUCCAAACACCGUUUAUAGUCGAGCUCCAUGACUUCAGGUUCAACUAUUCUAGCUUUUAACUUUUAAGUUGUUUUUGUUUGAUAAUUUUAUUACUGCUUAUGUUUGUUAAUAGUUAUCAAAAAUCAUAAUAUUGCGAUGUUUCCUAAUAAAUCAUUUAUUCUGAAGCAAAAAGAGGAAAAAACACUAAGUUGUUGAAAAUUUAAUACAAUCUCAAAAAGGAUCUAUGGAUAGGUAUGUUAAAAACUUUUGUUCUUUUAUGUCAAAAUAACAUGAUAAUUUGAAUGAACAAGAUAAUAAUUUCUAUGAUCAAGAAAAGAAUUUGAAUUUCUCAAUGCAUAUAGAAUUUUAUAACUGUUCUUUUCGCCUUCCGUAUACAUUAUGCUUUGGCCUUUUGUGAUAAGAAGUAGUAUGCAACUCUGAAAUUUGGUUUGGCCUAGUAACUUCGGGACCAAGUCUUCCAUCACGAGCCCGCAUAUGUAGGUGAUGAUAAAGGCCCAUGGGCUCCAGUGUAGAAGAACUUAGGUCAAAGUCCUUACUCCUUAAGCCUAACAUAAGUUUCUUCCAAUUUUGAUGUGAAACAUCAUUUAAUUGAGUGAAGCGCUCUUAAUCCUAAGAUACCAAUUCUACUGAUAAAGGUAAUAUAGUGCACGUCCCCAAUAACUUUCCAUUAAUUUUAUUUCAAAACUAACAUUGCACCGAUGCUUGCUUUAUGCAUAUUUAAAGGGCCGAAUAGACUGGAUUUUUAUGGUGGAAGGCUAGGUUUACAAGGUUUACUUUAAAAUAAAGGCUGAGUAAUGAGUAAUCUAAAAUAAAAAGAAUUACUGGUAACAAAGUAAUUAUUGAAGAUCAUGAUGAUCUUAUGGGUAUUGAAGGACUAAUCAUACAUGGCAGAUGAGCAAAAGUCAAUCUCUCUAUAUGGUAAAAAUAUCAUGGUACAUGUUUGGUAUUUAUGAGUGUUGGUUGCCAAAGUCCCUAAUAAAUACACUAUAGAAAUAAAAAUAUCUCACUUCCGUGCGGAUAUCUCCAUCUCUUCUUUCCUUUCGGUGUCACCGACUCUAGGGUUUCAAUGGCAGAGCUUCAUAGCGAUGUCCUUGAGGAAAUAAUGAAAAGAUUGGAUAUGAGCAAUCUAAUCAAAUGCAAAAGCGUAUGUAAGUCAUGGAAAACUUUCAUCUCUAGCACUAGUUUUGUAAACUUCCAUAUGAACCUUAAUUAUCAUCUUGAUUGCAACGAAAGUUAUAUAGAUAGGAGAAUUGUUAUGGGAAGAAUCGCUUCUCCUUAUGAGUCUCGUCACUAUGAAUUUGAUGAUAGAUUCUUUGAUCAUCGUGAUUGUCAUCUUUUUGGUUCUUCCCUUGGCCUCGUAUGCAUCUCUCCAUCCCCUUCUGAAAUUUUAGUAGCCAAUCCCGCAACUAGAGAGGCACAAAGAAUAAAAGAGCAUGAUAUCACUGACGCCAAGUUGUUAUGUUGGGGUUUUGGCUAUGAUUCAUUUGCAGAUGAUUUCAAGGUUGUGAUAGGAUUCACUAAAGGUGAUGGCUUGACGUGUUUUCAAGUAUUAGCUUCGAAAUCAAAUGAAUGGAAAGUGAUUGGGGAUGUGAACUAUUCUAUUGAUAGUAGGAUUGGUAUCUUAUGCAAUGGAGCACUUCACUGGGUUAUGAAAAAAAAUAACAAGAAAGUGAUUCUUUCGUUUUGUUUAUCCGAAGAGGAAUUUAAAGAAAUUCCUCAACCUGAUAAUGAGGAGUAUGAAUCUGAAUCUACUAAUGCUAGCCUUCCAACUAUGCGUUUAGGGGUUUUGGAUGAAUGUUUAUGUGUAUUUCAUUAUGAUAAGGUUAUUGAUAAAAUAUGGAUGAUGACGAGCUACAAUGUAAAGCAGUCUUGGGGAAUAGUUGGAAAGGAUUGUGAGAGAAGAGUAGUUUUACACUCCUUGAAGACGUUGAAGCAUUACAUUCGUUACAAAAAGUCAUGGUAUCGUGAUAUUUUCCUUUUCAGGAAUAGGGAUUUUAUUGGUGCCCCUAUCUAUGUGGAAACUCUUGUAUCUCCUUAUGUUAAUGGGAGUCCAAUGAAAAAGAGGCAUCUAGGUGAUAUCAAGAAACGUUGUAAGUUGCUUAAGGGAGAUCCUUCAGUUGCAGGACCAAGUUCCAGAGUUUGAGGCUGUUGAAGAUAAUUUCUUAUGGAUUUUAGUAUCUUUUGUUUUAUGGUUCUGAAUAAUUUGGAUUUGGUGGAUUUCAAUAACUUAUGUUUGAUGGAUCGUAUAAGUGUUAUUAACUGUUACUUUCUUGUGAUAUAUUGUGUCUGAUAGUGUUAACAAUGUUUUAAAUACUAUUGCUUUUAGUUUUAA